ACAGCAAUGAAAUCCAUUUCAGAGUUAAAAUGACAACUCAGAUGGGUAAACUUAAGAAGUCUUACAGCGAGAGGGUGGGAGUUCCGGUUAGUUCCUUGAGGUUUCUCUUUGAUGGCAGGAGAAUAAAUGACGAUGAAACACCAAAACAGCUGGAGAUGGAAAACGACGACGUUAUUGAAGUAUACCAGGAACAAACGGGUGGUUUGUAGCACUUCAACCUGUGUUCCAUUUCUUUAAGUUGUUCUUGUCUUUUUAUAGGAUCAUCUUACCAGUGUUUGUCAAGGAGAAACUUUUCUUCGAACAGAUUUCUAUCACUUUGAAUUGAACCAAUUUAAAAAAAAAAUGUUUGUUUCUCAGAAACUCAAUUUCCUGUUGUUGUUUUUUUUUUUCUUCUUCAAAGAAUCCUUCCAAUACCGUGUAGGAUGUUUGUAUUUAUAAAUCAUUCUUUCUUUGAUAACAUCAUUUGCAGUAAAGAUCUAAUUAACUCACUGUAAAAAUCUUAAGUUGUUAGCAAACAAGAAUUAGCAGUGUUUCAACUUUUUUGAUAAUAAUUAAUUCACUUGUGACCUAAUAUAUGCAAGAAUUAAAAGCCAAGUAAACCUCUAUUAUAUGUUUUAGGAAACUUUCUAUAUCGUACCGUCUGCAUUAAAGGAACACUAGGGGGUGGGAGCACGAGAUCGAACGUAUAAAUUUAGUUAGCUAGGAGAGAAAUAAUUGUAUGUUUAUAAACUUAAGAUGCUGUAUUGUUUUAUUCAUACUCAUUAGAUGAAAUAGGAUAUCUUGGGUAAAACUACUUCUGUUUUGUUGCAUGUGUAGAGUCACUGUGAGUGUAGGCCUAAAGACUAUUUCACAACCAAUUUAAGGCAUUCCAGUUUUAUACAAUGACUCAUCUUAGGCUGUGUCUCUGAUUUUAACUAUAAGCAUUUGGUAACGUAGUAUAAUAGAUGAUAAACGUUUUAACUUUUGGUCGCAGCUUCAAAUGUUUUAAGCUAGUUUGUGAACACUUUUCUGAACAAACCAUUUAAAUUUGUUUAAAUAACUUAAAGAUUCCACUGAAAUUGUCAAAAAUAAUAUUGUAAAUACGAGUAGUAGACAUCUGCUUUUAUCAAUGUGUUGUUCCAUUUUUGUCACAAAAAUACCUGUCUGUUUAAAGACUGAUAUUAAUAUAUUAAGCAAGAGUCAUACUCGAGUAAUUUUAUGCAAAUCUUGUGUAAUAGACUUUUUGUUUCAAAGAAGUUUUUCAGGUACUUGCUAUUUUUUUUUUAAAGUUUUUGCUGACUCUUCAGAAAAUGUUUGCCAAAGAUAUCCAUCAUGAUCUUUUUUGUGAAUGUGACAUAAGUAUUGUGUUCUUUCUAUCAUUUGAUGUAUUAUACUAAUGAUAAAUACCAUUUUAUUGAA